AAAACUAUCCUGUGAGCGUAUCAUAUGGGAAAUAAGCCGGUUUCUUCAAUUAAAGCAGAAGAAUCCGCGGUGAAGAUUCGCACUGUUUUUGCUCGCUCGAAAACAUGGAUGAGCACAUAGAAAAAAGUCUUCGUCGGCUAAAUAAAACUGUUGACCUCAGCAGUAUGACCUCAGAAGAAAAAACAAGGUAUUUGCACGAGCAGCUGCAUUUAAAACACAGAGGCCAUGAAUCUAUGCAUGCCUGGAUGGUUCUCAUCUUACUUCUUGCCAUGAUUUUAUCACAGAUACUGCUGGUGGAAUGGCGAAAGAGAUUUCCUCGAUCAUAUAAUAGAAUAUCUUUGGUAGCCAUGUGGAUUAUUCCCUUUGCAAUAUCUGUGAAUCAUGCCUGGAUGCGCUUUAUCUAUAUAUGGGUUAUUUUUACUAUUCUAACUUGUUUUAUUAUCAGUAGAGGACUUAGAAAACCCAUUAAUAAUAUGACACCUAGGUUAGUUUACAAAUGGUUUUAUCUUAUCUACAUGAUUAGUUAUGCUCUUGGCGUCUUCGGUUACAUAGUUGUAUUUUUAACACUUCUUGGAGUUAAUCUUUUGUUUAAUACAUUACCACAAGUAUGGAUGGACUGUGGGCUUAUCUGUAUUUUCUAUGGCCUAUAUUAUGGAGUCCUUGGUCGAGAUAUAUCAGAGAUAAUAACAGAUAAGAUGGCUGCUAGCAUUGGGUAUUAUACCACUUCUGGAAUACCUGAUAGGCAGUUGGAGUCAAAUAUUUGUGCAGUCUGCGCCAAUAUCAUUCUAGUCCAAGAUAAUUCCAAUGCCAUUGUUGAGAAAACAUUCACCCUCACAUGUGGUCAUACAUUUCACGAGUUUUGUAUAAGAGGAUGGUGCAUUGUGGGUAAGAAGCAGACGUGUCCUUACUGUAAAGAAAAGGUAGAUUUGAAAAGAAUGUUUCGUAAUCCAUGGGAAAAACCUCAUGUUUUUUAUGGAAGCUUAUUAGAUUUUAUAAGGUAUCUAGUUGCCUGGCAACCACUCAUCUUCAUUCUUGUACAGUUCAUUAACUAUAUACUAGGUUUAGAAUAAUUACUAUUUAAUAGUAAAUUAAGGAAGGAAACAUUUUUGUUUUUUGUAAUUAUUAAUCAUUAUGUAUAUGCUGUAUUUAUUCAUUAUACUGAAAGUUAAAGCAUUCAUUCAGGUUUGUUUAAAAUCUGCCAUCAACCUGAAGAAGAAGAAAAAAAUGUAUUGAUAUUAUUUCAUUUUGUUUCUAUUUAUUUCAUUCUAAGUCUUUCAAAUGCUAUGUAGUUGUCUUUUUCCAUUUAAAAAAAAUUAAUAAAGUGUAAUAUAU